UUCUACGCAUGGCAGGCAUUCUCUUGCUUCUACUGCAAUCCCUUCUCUCUCUCCUCUCCUCUCUUCUCUCUCUCUCUCUCUCUCUCUCUCUCUCUGUGUUAAAAUUUAAUUGAAACUCAAACUCUCAUUCAUUCUCUCUUCUGCUUCUUCUUCUUCUCUCCCUGUGCGUAUAUGAGAACAAUUUAUGGAGUAAAUGGACAACAGAUAAUACGAGCCUGGAAUAUUUGCAUCUGAGAACAAGAGGGUAGUUGAUCAGAAAAAGAAGAGAGAGAGAGAGAGAGGGAACAUAGAGCCUGUGACUGAUUUGGGACUAGUUCUGGGUCAUUCAAAUCAAUGCAUUCAGAGAAAGUUGAAUGGUGAUUCAGGUGCAGGUGCAAAUGCAGGUUCAAGGAUACACAUGGCAUUCGUGGCUCCCGAUCCCCUUUCAGAAUUAGUUUGGAAUACAGAUAAAGGUGUAAGCAAUGUCACUCUUUCACCACCACAAAGCAAUAAAGGUGGGAGGUCUGCUGCUGACAAGCCUAUUGAUGACGAGGACUUUAUAACAGCACAGACAUCAUUUCAUCUAAAGAGCGAAUUUGCUGGUAAAGAUAUGACCAUGUCUCCCACAAGCAAUGCUGGUGUCAUGCCAUUAUGCGGGUCAAGCCAUGACACGGGAACUGUUGGUAACGUGGAGGAAGAGAAGGCGGCUGUGGAACUAUCUGUUCUGUACAACCAGGAGGGGACUUCUAGUCAAGCGAAUAUCGAAGUAACUGAAAUACCUCAGAUACCUGAAACCAGAGAAAAUUUCAUUUCAACAUUGACAGGUAACGGUGACAGAGAGGGGGCUGAUAUCUUAUUAGUCGAAUCAGAUCAAAAGAUACCCUUUGUGGAACAAAAUGAACCAUUAUUGCGGGAUCCGCAAAUGGAUCUUGUUUUGGCUUCCGAAGUUAACCCAGUGAACGAAAGUAAAGCUUCGGGUGGCCCUGUGGUGAAUAAAAAGGCACAACGCAAUAGGCCUUUGGAUAAACUAGAGGCAACAGCUGAGAAUGAUUUAAUGACUCUCAAAACCCGACAUGCUUAUGGUGCAGCGAGUCAGAUUUUAGGUCCAGAAUCUGUCCCAGGGGUUAAGGACAGGUUCGAUCAGGGUCAGGAGAGGGUUCCUGAAAACGAAUCUGUUCUGGACAAACUAUCCUAAUAACAGCAGAAUCCAUAUGCAUCAAAGGAAAGGAAAAGAAAAAUUGUUAUCUGAUGGAGAUCCUAAUGGAAGAAUGCCAGAAGAUGAGAAUGAUAGCAAUGAGAGUGUCGAGAGCUGUAAUAGCGCAGGAUUGUUUUCGUCAGGCAAGAAGAGUUGGAGAUCUGAAGAAGAGUUCAUUGUUGGGAGUAAAAGAUUCAGAAAGAAAAUUCAAGAAGCUCCGAUUUCCACAUCCUAUAUUAGACAAGAUAGCUCCUUCAUGAAUUGGAUAUCAAGCAUGGUGAAGGGUUUUUCAAAAUCAAUGCAAGAUGAGGCACCACCUCUUGCUCUUACCCUUGCACAUCCUGAUCAUGGAGAUGAGAAUCCUGAUAAUAAACGUAUCACAUGUAAUACAAACCAAGAUGAUGGAGUAAAAAGUAUAGGUUUCCAGACGAUUUUUCAGUCCUUGUAUUGCCCAACUGCAGACUGCCAAGAAGCACGGAUGUUGAGUGACAAUCAUAAAAUGGGAGAAAUAUCAACGGAACUCGAGCCAGCUACUUCUCCAAAAGUCUAUCAUGGGGAGAACGUUAAUUUAGGCCAAGAAUUUCUACUGUCAGUUGAGAAGUUCAACAAAUCUUCAUCUGGAAAUGAAGUUCGUUCAGCAGGUAGUCAGGAGAAAUGCCAUACUGGUUCCGAGAAGAAAAAGAAUCCAUGCAACUUUCCGUUUUAUAAAGGGAAAGAUAGAGUUAUCCCUAAUUCUUCUCUGGGUAAACGCAAGGAAAGGAGGAUCGAGAAUUUUGAAUCUAGCUCACAAUUCAAAGGGAAGACGACUGGGGAAUUUGGUUAUAGAAGGGACCUUCUUGGAAGCUUGUGGAUAACUCGGUUGACUCCAAAAACAUCUGGUCCAUCUUUAAUCGCAGAUCAUUACAACAAGAGUGCUGAUGGAGUUCUUGAGAGCUCCAAUGACCUCAAAAAUAUGGGAGCCAGGGAGCAGUUUGGUGAAGAUUUAGUUAUUGUCAUUGGUAACGAUCUGCAAAAUUGUGCGGCUGAAAAUGAGGGCUCAUCUGCUUUCAAUAGAAACAAGGGCCAGAAUGAUGAAGCGCCCAUGUCCGAGUUCAGCCCUAUCAUGCCUUGCUCUGAAGUCAGAAGUUCGGAAGGAAUGGCUCUGUUUUUGCUAGGAGAUUGGAUGCUCUUAAGAACAUCACCCCACCUGGUGCCACAGGUAAUGCAGCCGAUGAAAUCACGAUGUGUUUGUUUUGUGGCAUAAAAGGUCACCAUUUACAAGAGUGUUCACAGAUAAGAGAGACAGAGCUUCAGGAAUUAUUAAGUAAGAGCAAGUCCUAUAAUGUAGCAGAAAAUCUGCCUUUUUUCUGCAUUAGAUGUUUACAACAGAGUCAUUGGGCCACUGCAUGUCCUAAAGCACAGUCAAUGGGGCAACCACAGUUGGAAUGUAACGUUUCUUUUCUGGAUUAUUACUGCAGUCAGAGUGGAACGAAUCUCAACUCAAGAAAUGAUGGAAAUAUGAAGCUCCCAACUGGUACGGAGAGCAAGUUCGAAGCUUCUGUUGCUCAUACAUGUUUUAACGAGGACUAUUCAAGAAUGGAGACAGAUAUAAAUAUGAGCUGGAAGGAUAAUGCAAUGGGAGCCCCUAAGAAAAGGGCAUAUCGCUCAAAUUCAGUUAUGAAAUGCAGUGCUUCGAGUUCUGUGGAAAAUAAGUAUAAAGAAAAUCUGAUGAUGCCCUUGUCAAAGUUAGUCAAUACACAGAUUUCAAAUGUACCAAAAGGAAUUGUUGAGUCUGUAAAAAGGCUUCGCUUGUCUCGUACAGAUGUCCUGAAGUGGAUGGAUUCUCGCACAUCACUCUCACUACUCGAGGGGUUUUUCCUGCGCCUGCGGCUUAGGAAGUGGGAAGGACUUGGGGGAACUGGAUACUAUGUGUCUUGCAUAACUGGCUCUCAGAGAGAGAGUUGUCCACUGAAUGUGAAAGCCUCUAUAGCUGUUGUUGUUGGGGGGAUUAGAUGUAUGGUUAAGAGCAAGUAUGUAUCCAACAACGAUUUCCAUGAGGACGAGCUGAGGGCGUGGUGGUAUGCUACCUCAAAGGGCAGUGACAAGAUUCCGUCUGAAGAAGAUUUGAGAGAAAAGGUAAAGAGAAAACGAAUGUUAGGCUUGUAGUUUUCGGCAUUUAUAAAUUUCCGCUUGGUUUAAUUCUCAUGAAAAAUCAAGAGUGAGGUGAGGAUAUGCCAGAUGUACUCUGUGCAUAGUUAUUCUGAAAUUUUUACCUUGGAUAUUCUUUUGGCUGUGUCAAUCAUUAUUGCUAUACAGUCGGUAUUGAUGUGUGGAUA